UUUAUUUAAGGCGCCAAUGCAGCUUCACACGCAUCUUGGACUCCAGCCCAUCUCUGUUUUUUCUACGCUCCAUUGAGAUUUGGAAAUGGUGCAAGCGAUACGGGAGAUGAUCCGGGUGAAUGGAGCACCGGCAGAGGUGACUCUGAGUACAGAUGGUGAGCUGCAGUGGCGUCUCAACGGCAGUGGGGUGAAGAGUCUCGCAAUAGAGUCUGAGAUUCUGGGCUUCUCGACGGAGGGAAGGGAGAUUACACUUAGGGCUUAUGUGAAUGAGUUUAGGGGUGGAGAAGGGGAGUUGGGGAAGAGAUUGAGGAAGGACUUCGUUCUGGAGAUGCCCACAGAGGUGAUCACCGAGAGUUGGAGCGAUCGGAUUAGGGAUUUUAUCCAUUCCUUAGGCCGGCCAAAGAGGGUAUUUAUUAUUUUAAACCCUUAUGGUGGAAAGAGGUCUGCACGAAGGAUUUUUGACACUGAAAUCAAGCCCCUACUUGUUGCGGCUAAUAUUCUGUAUACCUUGCAAGAAACUAAGUAUCAGCUUCAUGCUCAAGAACUUGCCUAUAAAUUGGAUCUGCUAAAGUAUGACGGUAUUGUAUGUGUCAGCGGAGAUGGUGUUUUUGUGGAGGUGUUGAAUGGGUUGCUUCAAAGAGAAGACUGGGAUACUGCAAUCAAGGUGCCGCUUGGGAUCAUUCCUGCAGGUACAGGAAAUGGCCUGGCAAAAUCACUUUUGGAUGCAAUUGGAGAAACGUAUUCGAUCCAGAAUGCUACUUUCUCUGUUAUAAGAGGCCAUAAACGUGCACUGGAUGUUACUACUGUAUUGCAAGGAGAAACCAAGUUCUUUAGCAUCUUAAUGCUUACAUGGGGAUUAAUAGCUGAUAUUGAUAUUGAGUCUGAAAAGUACCGGUGGAUGGGGAGCACUCGCCUGGACUUCUAUUGUCUUCUGAGAAUAAUGAAGUUGCGUAAAUACCAUGGCCAUGUUGAGUUUGUUCCUGCCCCUGGACAUGAACUCUGUGGAGAACCAUUGAAAGGUAGAACAAUCUGUGUGGGAACUGAUAAUGUCUCUGAAAACGGACAAAACAGUGUUGCGGAAGUUUUGCAAAGUUGUUAUGGGGGCCCUAGUGUUUGUUUUGAAAAUUCAGAUUGGAGGUUUCUGGAUGGCCCAUUUUUAUCUAUUUCACUUGUAAAUGUGCCUUGGGUUGGAGAAGAUGCUAUGCCAGCACCUGAAGCCAAGUUUUCUGAUGGCUUCCUGGACUUGGUUGUGAUCAAAGAUUGCCCCAAAUCCGCUCUUGUAUCAAUAUUGCUGAAGAUGAAAGAUGGAACCCAUAUUAAAUCACCAUAUGUGAUGUAUCUGAAGGUGAAAGCAUUUAAGCUGGUUCCAGGCAACCGUGUAGGGGACCCCAGAAAGGGAGGCAUUGUAGACGUUGAUGGUGAAGUUGUUGCUCUGGGAGAAGGAAUCGACUUGUGUGGCCAAGAAGGAUAUCUAAUGUCUUAUGGACCUCCGAUCCAAUUGACGGUUGAUAAUGGUCUAGCCACAGUCUUCUCUCCGAGAUGAUCAAUUCUCCACCAUGUACUUCAUUCUCCCACCAACUCCUGGUUAUUAAUAUUGCUCUGAAUUUGCAUUUGUUGGGGGAUGUUUCGUGUGUAGAAAGAAUUUUCAUUUUUUUCUUUAGGCCUUUUGUAUCUGCUGGCCUCUUUUAAAGCCAUCACAUCAAUGCAGCAAACCCAUUUCUGGGGUUUCUCGUUA